CAAGUUCCUCCAUGGCUAAAUUCCCCCCUCCCACAUCCCUUCCUGCAAGCAGAGAGGAGGUUGCUUUGUUUUCUCUCCUUUGCAAAAGCUUCCUCGGACCCUGCAGCUUGUUGUGGCUCCUUGACUCCUCAGGAAGGAUGAGAGAGACAGAUCCUGCAAAGCUAGUGAGGAUGGAAGGGGGAAGGUGGACGGUUGACCUGGUCAGGUUGUCUCCUGCAUCCCUCCCCACAACCACUGAGCGUUCCCUCCCAGGGACCUCUGAGAGAUCUGAUGGUGCUGAAUUGGAAGGGAAGAACAAAGGAGAUCACAACAGAAUCCACAUGGUGGAGAAGUCAAAUAAAUAUUCAGGGUGUGGAGAGAACAUCCGUCAGACCUCCCAGUCCACCUCCCAUCAAGGAAACAGCUUCAUUCAGAGGGAUAGCCUUACUUCACACGAAAGAACUCACAGUGGAGAGAAAUUGCAUCAGUGCUUGGAAUGUGGAAAGGGCUUCCGUCGGAAGGAUACUCUCAUUUCCCAUCAAAGAAUUCAUACAGGAGAGAAACCCUAUCCGUGCUUGGAAUGCGGAAAGAACUUCAGUCAGAGGAGCAAUCUGACAACCCAUCAAAGGAUUCAUACAGGGGAGACACCCUAUAAGUGCUUGGAAUGUGGAAAGGGAUUCAGACAGAGCUCAGAGCUCACUUACCAUCAUAGAAUUCAUACAGGGGAGAAACCCUAUCAGUGCUUGGAAUGUGGAAAGAGAUUCAGACUGAGGUCAGAGCUCACUUCCCAUCACAGAAUUCAUACAGGGGAGAAACCCUAUCAGUGCUUGGAAUGUGGAAAGGGAUUCAGACAGAGCUCAGAGCUCACUUCCCAUCACAUAACUCAUACAGGGGAGAAGCCCUAUCAGUGCUUGGAAUGUGGAAAGAGCUUCAGACAGAGUAGUAUUCUGACAACCCAUCAAAGAUUUCAUACAGGGGAGAAACCCUAUCAGUGCUUGGAAUGUGGAAAGAGCUUUCGUGAGAGUCGAUUACUCGCUUCCCAUCGAAGAAUUCAUACAGGGGAGAAACCCUAUCAGUGCUUGGAAUGUGGAAAGAGCUUUAGUGAGAGUCGAUUACUCACUUCCCAUCGAAGAAUUCAUACAGGGGAGAAACCUUUUCAGUGCUAUGAAUGUGGAAAGAGCUUCGCUCAUAGGGCCAAUCUCACUAAACAUCAAAGCAUUCAUACAGGGGAGAAACCUUUUCAGUGCUAUGAAUGUGGAAAGAGCUUCACUCAGAGGGCCAAUCUCACUUCCCAUCAAAGAAUUCAUACAGGUCAGAAACCAUAUAAAUGCUUCGAAUGUGGAAAGAGCUUCAGUCAGAACUACAGUUUCAAUAUGCAUCAAAGAAUUCAUACAGGUGAGAAACCCUAUCAGUGCCAGGAAUGUGGAAAGAGCUUUCGUGGGAGGGGAAAACUUGCUGUUCAUCAAAGAAUUCAUACAGGGGAGAAACCCUAUCAAUGCUUGGAAUGUGGAAAGAGCUUCACCCAAAGGGCCCAUCUCCUGAUGCAUCAAAAAACUCAUACAGAUCAGAAACCCUAUCAGUGCCAGGAAUGUGGAAAUAGCUUUCGUGAGAGGGGAAAACUUGCUGCUCAUCAAAGAAUUCAUACAGGGGAGAAACCCUAUCAAUGCUUGGAAUGUAGAAAGAGCUUCAGUCGGAAGGAUGCUCUCACUUCCCAUCAAAGAAUUCAUACAGGGGAGAAACCCUAUAAAUGCUUGAAAUGUAGAAAGAACUUCAGUCAGAGCUCACAGCUCACUUCCCAUCACAGAAUUCAUACAGGGGAGAAACCCUAUCAGUGCUUGGAAUGUGGAAAGAGCUUCAGUCACAACAUAUCUCUCACUUCCCAUCAAAGAAUUCAUACAGGGGAGAAACCCUAUCAGUGCUUGGAAUGCGGAAAGAAAUUCAGUCACAGAGUCUCUCUCACGUUCCAUCAAAGAAUUCAUACAGGGGAGAAACCAUACCAGUGCUUGGAAUGUAGAAAGACCUUCAGUCAUAGUAGGAUUCUGACAACCCAUCAAAGAUUUCAUACAGGGGAAAAACCCUAUCAGUGCUUGGAAUGUGGAAGGAGCUUUAGUGAGAGUGGAAAACUCACUUCCCAUCGAAGAAUUCAUACAGGGGAGAAACCCUAUCAGUGUUUGCAAUGCGGAAAGUGCUUCAGUCAGAGGAGAAGUCUCACUUCCCAUCAAAGAAUUCAUACAGGGGAAAAACCUUUUCAGUGCUAUGAGUGUGGAAAGAGCUUCACUCAGAGGGCCAAUCUCACUUCCCAUCAAAGAAUUCAUACAGGUCAGAAACCCUAUCAAUGCUUCGAAUGUGGAAAGAGCUUUAGUCGGAGCAACUCUCUCACUUCCCAUCAAAGAAUUCAUACAGGUGAGAAACCCUAUCAGUGCCAGGAAUGUGGAAAGAGCUUUCGUGAGGGGGGAAAACUCGCUUCUCAUCGAAGAAUUCAUACAGGGGAGAAACCCUAUCAAUGCUUGGAAUGUGGAAAGAGCUUUCAUGAGGGGGGAAAACUCGCUUCUCAUCGAAGAAUUCAUACAGGUGAGAAACCCUAUCAAUGUUUGGAAUGUGGAAAGAGCUUUCGUGAGAGGGGAAAACUCGCUUCUCAUCGAAGAAUUCAUACAGGGGAGAAACCCUAUCAAUGCUUGGAAUGUAGAAAGAGCUUCAGUCGGAGGGAUAGUCUUACUUCCCAUCAAAGAAUUCAUACAGGGGAGAAACCCUAACAGUGCUUGGAAUGUUUAAAGAAGAAACAAUAAUAACAACAGAUAUAGGUAGGUAGCCAUGUUGAUCUGCCAUAAUCGAAACAAAAUAAAAAAGUUUGCUAUUGGUAUGAACUUUCGUGUGCAUGUACACUACUUCAGAUACCAUGCAUGAAUAAACUUAGUUGGUCUUUAA